GUUUGAGAGAGUAAAAUAUGAAUACAACUGCUUCUUAUUCAUCAGAUCAAUGGUACAGUACUACCCCGGGACACAGUCGGCGCGGAUCAAUUGAGAGCGCGCUCAGUAUACAGGGCAAGGAGACAGAUGUCGGGGACAGCGGUGGAACCACAUGAAGCGGUUCCAAGGAAUCAACAACAAAAUACAAAUACUAUAGAAACCGUGCAUUGUCAAAUCUUAACUCAUAAGUUUGAGAAUGGACUAAUCAUCUGCUGACGUAUUUGCAAUGAAAAAUAAGUAUUUUACUGAAAACAAAAGCAUAGUGGUUAUUAAAAUAUACUAUAGGUACACUAAAUGGAAUUAUUUUAGAUGAAGAAUGAAAUUAAUAUGCUCGAAUAAGAUGCAACUGUCCCUAUUAGAUAUUCUAGUCAUUAUAAUACUUACUCAAGAAUUCUUAUAUAUAUUGCAAAUAAGUUGGUUGCCCAGAAUCCAGCGAUCUUUAGACAGAAUAAACACAAUAGACAUUAAUAAUGAUAUACAAAGCAUAAGCUAUGAUGUAUUUGAUCAAUUUAAUUUUACACAUGACAUACUACACAAAUUUGGUUUAAUAUGCUCUUAUACUGUCUAAGGACUAGAUAACAUUAAGAUUAGUAGCACCAUGUAUGCACCCAACCCAACAAAACAAUGCUUAAUAUGACUUUAAAUUUAUUCCAUUAUUAGUUCAUUAAGAAGCAUUGUCUUGUCACAUAAUUGUUUGUUAAAUGAAUACCUUAUUGUUUGUGAAUUUACUGUACCUAUUUGGUAAGUUUUACAGUGGAAAUUAAUGCAUUUUGUGUUAUUUUAAGCAUGCUAGCAAGUAACUAAGUAUGUAUGUUUGAUUUGAAAAAAAAAAGAAUGAAAACGAAAGGAAAAAAAGUUUGAUAAAAGAAUGAAGGAAAUGAAAAAAAAAAACAAGUAAUGGGAAAGUAAUGCAAAAAUAGGAAAAGUAAAUGGGAAAGAAACGAAAAAAUAAGAAAACAAGUUUCGAAAUGCAAAAAAAAUUGGAACAUGAAAAAAUAAUCUGACAAAAAAAAAUAGUAUGUCUGUAAAAAAAAAAACAAUAGUUUUAUGGACCGAUGGAAAUGGAAAACGCCUCUAGGAUGACUGGACAUCACGUAAAAGGAAAAUCACCAAUGCAGUAUUAGGGCGAUGGCACUAUUAGGGCAACUGGACCAAGUUUCUCGAACUUUCUGGCUCAGAGGGAUAAUAGGGGAAGUGGAACAUUGUGUGUUGUGUGUGCAUUUUCUGAGGUGUUAUGGUGUUGUAGAUUAUGUGCGAGACACGAGCGACACAGAUUGCUCCAGCGACAAGGCAGAGUACGAGCCGGUGACGGAGCCCGAAGAUGACGGGCCGCUGGAUUGGGACUCGUCAGGGCAGAGCGAUAACGAAAUAAUAGCGACCAAAGUGAUCGAAGUGAGCGUCGGCGACGACGGCGACCUCGAGUUCGCGGACUCGGAGCAGGACGAGUCGGAAGGCAGCGACUCCGAGAUGGACCUCCACGACUUCUGGGAGUGCGCGCAGUGCCGCGCCGAGAACAACAACCCGCUGUACCGCUACUGCGAGAAGUGUUUCAAGGUACGUAAAAACUUCUUCCCGCCGAGGCCAAGAAAAAACAAGCGUAAGCGAGUAUCUGACGUUCCGCGAACUUGCUCUGUCGAUUCCGGUGUCGAAUCCGCCUUUAACAGCCAGGAGAGUCUAUCCCAGGCCACUGACCGUGAUAGCCAGGUUACUAAUAGCCAGGGGACUGAUAGCCAGGUUACUGAUAGCCAAGCAACUGAACUUAGUCAACCUGGCUCCAGUCAAACAGAGCUAAGUCAACCUGACUCUCAAGGUACAUCCUCUACGCCGAUUUUAGGUAGACCUGUAAAGCGCCGCGCUGAAUCCGCCGACCGUAAUAACAAGAGAAUGAAAAUCGAUUAUUCCGAUAGCGAUACCGAUGAUGAUGAGCCUAGACGUAGGAAAGCUAAAAGCGCCGAUCCCGAAGUAGCACCUUUGAUUAAAACUACCAGCGAUCCAUCGCUUACAAUCGAUGAUUCCGUCAAACUCACUAAGAAAGCGAUCAUCAAUUCCAUUAAAGAUAAAUUCGAUAACGAGAAUCUGUGCAUAAUUUGCUACGCUGAGCCUAAAUCGGCAGUGUUCGUGCACGGCAGGAUAGCGCAUAUUUGCUGCUGCUAUGAGUGCGCGAACAAAGUUUGGAGGAAGGCUAAGAGGUGUCCGCAGUGCAAUUGUAAAGUUAGUAAUGUUUUGAGAGUUUUAUAGAUAUGUGAACGUACGAGUGUUUUUUUAAAAGCUUUGUACUGAAAUUGAGUGUUCAGAGCAAGUCUUGUUUUUUUUGGUACAGUCUUUUGCAAAAAUAUCUUCACAACGAUACGCGCAAAAAUAUAAGACACGGUCUUAAAAUUAAAAUUGUUUAUUACACGUGUCAUUCUUGCAGGUGAUUAAAUAUACCAUUUUUUUUCUUGUAAAAAUACGACAAGUUUAUAUUGCUAAUGAAUCUAUUUAAAUUUUAGUACAAAUCUUAUUAAAAAUGCUUAUACGUUAACGACACAGCGUUUCGCCUAGAACUAGAGAAAAAAACUGGAAAAAGAGCAGUAAAUAAAUAAAGAAUACGCAGAGAGGAUUUACAAAAAUCACAAAAUUCUUAACGUGCACCUAAUUUGAAAUAAGGAUUUGUUUUUUAUAAAGUAAUUUUAUCUCGUUCUAGGCGAAACAAAGUGCGACAUUUCGAAAUCUCGCUUGCUUUAAAUCGUACCCACAGAUGUGUUCAAACUUUUGGUUUUCCGUCUAUUUAAUGCCUCAAAAACUCGGUAUCUGAGUCUUCGAAAAAGGCUGAGUUUUUAAAUUAUUAGAUACUUUUUAAAUUAGCUAAAAAUACAAUCAUUGUAUUGAUGAUUAAAGUCACUAGUAAAUAAGAUUAUUAUUAAUUUUCCACAAUUUUCAGUAUUUCUAGGCUAAGUGAGUGAAUGAUUCGAAAUGUUGUAUGUCAUUUGAGUUCGAGGAACUUUUUUUUAUUUGCGGACAUCUUUAUAAGCCAACCACCAGCCGAUUUAUAUAGAACUUAACGACCCGUCUGACGAUGUGGUAUGCGAAAUAAAUACAUAUUUUUGAAUGUUUUGCUUAUAAAUAUUAAGUAUUUCAUAUUUCCCGUUAAUAUCUAUUGGCCAAAAAUGCGACACCUUAUUAUUAAUUGAUUUCAUUACUAGCUUUUUUUUUUACUAAAAACCACAUAUUUUUAUUAUUGAAUAUUCGCCUCGAUGGUAUUAAAAUAGUGGCGAUCCGUUAAGGCAAUAUUCGGAAUCGUGUUUUGAUUAGCAAAAAGUAGAUUACUAGAUUUUUUUCUACGCAAAAAUUUUGGCCUUUCCAUGAAGUGUUGGCUGACUCGGACGACCUACCCCAUAAUUUUUUUUUUCUUUUUUUUUUCUAAUCAAAACACGAUACCGAAUAUGCCCUUAAAUGGAUCCCCACUAAUUUUGUUACAAGUUGUAUAGCUAAUUACAAUCGUCAAAAUAACGUCACAGGUACCACAUUGCUAGAUGACUCGUUUCGGAAAUCUAAUAUUUUGUAGGUGUUUCCUCAUAAUCGAAUAAACCAACAAUCGUCAAAGUUCAUUCGUAAAUCUUAUUGUAUCGAGAUAUGUUCUGCCAAUUGUCAGUUACGUGUGUUGCUGUUAAUACAUAAAACAACCUCUCAACAUCUUCAAACAUUGGGUAUGAUACAGAUUUUGCAGACAAUUUGAGAGUCGUAAAAUAGCCUCCUUACUUUCCGCUCUAUAAUAGGCCAUACAGCUCGGUCGGUGGUGACUUGCCUCGGCCGCAUUGCCUCGGGCGACGCACGUCUUCACCGACCGAGCUUCGCGCGGCAAUUUCCUCGCGAGGCGGCUUGCCCCGUGUGGACCCGCAUCUAGCUAAAACUAAGGAGGCUGAGUAAUAACAAGUACCAAGUUGAUUACAAAGUUUCAAUUCGUGAGGCAUUUGGAGAUUUGCCUUUGCCUUUAAAGAAAAAAAUAUUAUUUUUGAACCAAUUUUGAUUAUAUAUUUAAUGAUGUUUUUUGAGGACGAUUAACAAUUACAAGAUUAUUGUAUUUGUUGAAGCACACACGUUUGGUUUUAUUUUUUUGCUUUAGUUAAAUCUAUUUCGCUAUAUUCAGGAAAUACAUCUAUUUCCUUAUAAUAGUAAUUCAUACAAGGGACGGUGCUAUAGGAUAAAAUUAUAGAAUAGUUAAGGCUUGUACAAACGCUGCAACAAAUGAGAUGCGAUUUUGGAUCAUUGCUGGCUAAGUAACUGCAAAAAAUAAUCGGUCGAUCAAAUUCCACAAUGUAUCGCAAAUCGCAUCCGAUUAUCGUGACGUUUGUAGAGGUCCUUAUAGUGAAAUUGAUUGGAAUAGACUUAGUAAUGUAGAAACUCGUGCCACCGAACAGAGUAAUAUAUUUCUUUUAAAUUAGUUUAGGGGUCAAAGCUUCCUAGCUUGCACUGGUUGUAAUUUGUUUUAAUGCCAAAAGUGAGGAUCAUUUUAUUUAGUUAGACCACAUAGCUUUUAGCUUGAAGCUGAAUAGGAGUGUAGUUUUAGGUUUCGAAGAAAUUCAAAUAGAUGGCGCUUUCUCUGUAGGUUGUUUAUGGUCUGUUUUUUUUUACCAAUUGGUAAAAUAAUAAUUCAAAUGCGUUUGGUAUGUCACGCAACUAUUGAAUUUGUAGAGUAUCAAAUGAUACAAUCUUAUAAAGAAGUUAAGCAUGGCAUUGAUAGACCAAGAAGAUUAGUAGUUCCCUUUAUUUUUAAUAUUUAUUGAUAUGUUGUAUUCUACACUGUUUCGAUAUUAGGUAUAUCGAAAGUCGAUAAAAGAGAAAAUGGCUAUACAAACUGCCUCGAGAAUUCCGGCUUCUGAUAAUUAUUAUUAAAGUGUUUAGUUUUUGUAGAAUUAAAUAUUGUCUGUGACAUUUGCUUCAGUGUUUAGUGCAUUUGUGUCCAUUUAAAUGCGUGCUAUGUAUUUGAAUUUUUUCGCGGACCGGUAACUUUUUCCUAGUAUAUUUCUAAGUGUAUUUUAUCUAGUAGAUUAAAGACAGGAAUGACAUUAGAUAUAAUUUAAAAACAAUGUCUUCCGUUAGAAUAUUUAUGUUCAUUUUGUAAAAAUAAGUGACGGGAUAUACUUUUCAAUAAAUCCAUAGUGUCGACGGAGUUCGGCAGGUCUUGAGUAGAUGUACAUAUAUUUUAAUGUAAAUUAACACAGUUAUGUUUGUAUAUGUAAAUAAAUACUGUACACUAAUAUAGAACACAAAUGUACAGUAAAGUUAUUGCCAGUAAUUUAAAUACUAGGUCAAAGUUACCGUUCUUUUCAAAUGUCAUUAAUUAUUAACCGCAUAUCAUUUCAGCGCUUAGAAAUAAGAUAUUUUAAAGCAAUUUUGUUGAUUAGUAAAGAAUUAAAAUAUUAUAUUAGGUUAGGAAUCCAUUUUUUGUCUCUUAAACUACCCCACCACCUAUCCUACCGCGUAGAGGAUUUAUCACUGUUUACUUGUUAAUUAAAAUUUCCUUGCGAAAAAUUUAUUAAACAUAUUUAAAAAUGUAAAAUUACGAUCUCCUUUGUUAAAACCAUGUAAAUAGUAGGUUAUUAGUUUUAUUAAAACAAUUGUAAGCCUCGGCUCGCUUAUAUAUGAAAAAAUAUAUAAAUACAAAAAAAUCGAACGAUAAAAAAUAUAAUAAAUAAAAGUUUUUUUUUCAGCAA